AUGGUGAAUUGUUGGAGCUGGUACGUUGCGGCUAUCUGUAUCUUUCUCAGAUUUGGCCUUUGUGAAUCAUUUAUUCCAAAUAGUUCUUGGGAAAACAUUGAGUACCAAAAGCUGGUUGAUGUCAAGCACGCAUAUAUCAAUGAAGCUUUUCUGAUCACCAUCAAGAACAUUGCAAGUGAACCACAGAGUGAAUACUUUUUGGCGCUCACAGAGGAGAUAUUCGAGAAGAUUUCUUUAUUUGAAGUGCAGCUUGCGAACAAAAAUGUGUAUGUCAAUGCAUCCUUAUACCAAUCAAAGUGCCUACUUGAUGAUGGAUCAGUUGUGGGUUAUGGAUUAAUCAGUCUUCCUUCCCCAAUUGAGCCCGGCAAACAAGUAUCUUUGACAAUAAAGCUAUCCCAUACUGCUCAUGGCCUUCCACAUCCUGAACACAUAUUAUUGAAGGAUGCGCAAAAUUUGCGUUUCAAAACCGCGAGACUCCCAUUUUCUGCCUACUAUACGAGAAAAGCAAACUUACAGCUGCUGGGCAGUUCCAAAUUCACUGAAUUGAGUGCUCCAAAUGACCAAAGUUUAAGAGGUACGCAGAGAGAUGAUUCUUAUGAGUUCCAGUCUUGGGAUGACAUUCCACCUUUCGAGACGAAAAAUCAAUUAGACGUCAUUUAUGUGCACGAUUUACCUCUCAUUGAGGUGCUGAAAUUGAAAAGAGAUGUAUGGGUAUCCCAUUGGGCCUCCACUUUACAAUUUGAAGAGUAUUAUGAGUUGAUUAAUCGUUCUGCCAAGUUGAAAAAUGGGUUUUCCAGGUUAGAACUAAUGCAAGACCAGAAGAAUAUGAGGUUGAGUCAUUAUUGCUCUGUUUUGGAGAUGAAUUUACCUGAGGAAUCAUCUGAGCACUAUUAUACUGAUUUAGUUGGAAUGGUUUCUACUUCUCGUGUGCUUGGUGAUAACUUGUACAUCAAACCGAGGUAUCCACUGUUUGGUGAAUGGAAAUAUAAUUUUACUGUGGGUUGGACUAAUAAGCUAUCUACAUUUUUACGCCAGUCUUCAAAGGAGUCUUUCAUUUUGGUCGUUCCAUUGCUCAAUGGCCCAACAGAUGCUUUUUAUGGAAAAUCCGAAAUUUCAGUCUUUUUACCAGAAGGUUCAGUACUUCAAGCAUUAGAUUCCUCUGUUCCUAUGAAGUCAGCAGAAGUACACACACAAAAAUCAUAUCUAGAUUUGAAUAAGGGACAUAUCAAGGUAACCUGUGAAUUCGACAACAUGAUAGAUGCAAAUAGAGAUGGUCAAAUCGUGGUAAAAUAUAGUUAUCCAUCACAAGCUGCUUACAAAAAACCAUUAUCCGUUGCAUGCUAUAUUUUUGCAGCUUUGAUGAGUUUUUUCUUGUUAAAGAGUGUAAAUUUGAAUUUGGAUAAGAAGUAA